AUGGCGGUUCGUGCUGGAUUGAACAACAAGCUUAGCGGGCAGAUCAAUGUGAGGACAAGUAGUUCUGACCAACUUCAGAUUUCCCUUAUUGCUAUUCUUCCAGUUGCCAAGGCUAUCUACAAGAACUUCUGGCCUGUUAAGGAAGUAGACUAUGAGGGAAAACAUUCUGAUCAUGCUCCAGUUGCUUUUGUUAGUUCUAGUGCCCUUACAUCAACAUCUUCUAAUGCCACCUUAGCUGUAAAUUCUCACACAAGUGAUACCGAACUUCGCAUGAUUGUUGAUGGUAUAUUGGCACAUUAUGAUGAGAUUUUUAGACUAAAAGGUGUUGCGGCUAAGGCUGAUGUUUUCCAUCUGUUGUCUGGCAUGUGA